UUACCUUUUCCAUAACGGGUCACUCUCGACACGUGCAUUGGAUUUGGACGAACGUGGUUGGAAAUAAAAAGAUAUAAGGCGUAAUUUUCUCGGCUCACAAUGGUGCGGCCUAACAAUAACCAGCUGCCAGAGAACCUGCCGCAGCUGCAGAAUCUGAUCAAGCGGGACCCAGAAUCGUACAGUGAUGAGUUCCACAUACAGUACCAGCACUUCCUCAGCCUGUUGGAGGUGUUCGCCCUUAAUCCUGGCGAGGAGAACAAAUCUCUGGACGACAUUGUGAUGUUCAUCGCUCAGGUGGCGCAAUGCUAUCCAAAAGUGUGCGAAGAGUUUCCCAAGCGCCUGUCUGACCUUUUGAAGAACUACGCCACCGUUCUGGAUCCCGCCAUGAGAAAUUGUUUCGUCAAGGCCCUGAUCCUGUUGAGAAAUAAAAAUCUUGUGCCUGCUUUGGAUAUACUGGAGUUGUUUUUCCAGCUUCUACGCUGUCCGGACAAGAAUCUGCGCACCUUCCUGCAGACCCACAUCGUCACUGACAUCAAGAACAUGAACGCUAAGCAUAAGGACAUGAAGCUAAACUCGAGUCUUCAGGCAUUUAUGUACUCCAUGCUUAAAGACGCCAAUCCCAAAGCAGCCAAAAUGUCGGCGGAUAUUAUGAUUGAGCUCUACAAGAAAAACAUUUGGAACGAUGCCAAGACGGUGAACGUUAUUGCAACAGUUGGUUGCUUCUCGAAAGUAACCAAAGUUCUGGUUACCUCCUUAAAGUUUUUCCUCGGUCAUGACGAAGAAGAGGAGGAGUCCGACUCCGACAGCGAAAAUGAGGUUGAUCUGAAGGGAGCUUUGAUGGCCAACAGAGUCAACAAGAAGACCAAGAAGCGACAAAAGCAGUUGGCGCAGAUCAAGAAGCAGGCGGUUAAGGCCCAAAAGAAGAAGAAGAAUGCGCCGGCUUUUAACUUUUCCGGCAUUCAUCUGGUGCACAAUCCCCAGGGGAUGGCCGAGGGCCUGUUUAAGCAGUUGCAAGGCAGUAAUGAGAGAUUCGAAGUGAAACUAAUGCAUCUUGAUGUGAUAUCCAGGCUAAUCGGCAUCCACGAGCUGUUCCUUUUCGGUUUCUAUCCGUAUAUAACGCGCUUCCUGCAGCCACACCAGCGUCAGGUGACCCGUGUCUUACAAUUUGCCGCUCAGGCGUCCCACGAACUAGUCCCUGGAGACAUCAUCGAGCCCAUCUUGAAGACAAUAGCCAACAACUUCAUUACGGAGCGCAACUCCAGUGAUGUAAUGGCAAUUGGCUUGAACGCUACCCGCGAGAUCUGUAUGCGCUGUCCGCUGGCCAUGGGUGAGGAUUUGCUGCAAGAUCUGGCCAUGUAUAAGACCUAUAAGGAGAAGUCUGUGAUGAUGGCCGCUCGCUCCCUCAUCACACUCUACCGUGAGCAUCUGCCGGCCCUUCUUCACAAGAAGGAUCGCGGUCGUCAGACCGAGGCCCAGGCCGAGCGGAAGGUUCGCGCCUAUGGUGAACGAGAAGUACACGAUACGGUGCUUGGUGCCGAAGCCUUGCUCAAAGAUUCCAAAACCAUCGAUAUUGAAAGCGAUGAAGACACUGACUCCAAUGAUGGGGAGUGGGUUAACGUGACGCACAGUGAUGGUGAGGGAGGACCAGAUGUUGACGACGACGAUGAGGAGGAAGAUGAAGAUGACGAGGAAGAGGACGACGAAGAGGAUGAAGGCAAUAGCGACGAGGAGGACUCUAAUUCGGACGAGGGAGUUGGAAGCGGCGAGGAGGCUGACAAGACGAAAAAGCAGAAGGCAGACCUCAAGAUUCUAAACCAGAAAGAGGCUGCUCAGGAGCUAGCUCUGACUCGAAUCUUCACGGAUGAGGACUUCAAGCGAAUUAAUGCGGCCAACCUCAAGAAAACAGUUACCAGUGCCCGGAAGCGACCACUGGAGCAGGACCGUGCCGAGUUCGUCAAACUAAACAGCAUCGAAAUGAUUUAUAAGAAACGCAAGCACGACAAGGAGUCGCGUCUCGAGACAGUGCAGGCGGGACGAAAGGAUCGCGAGCGGUUCGGCUGGAAGGAUGGCCGAGUUAAUGAAAAUUGCUCCAAGACGAAUCGCGAAAAGAGGAAAACCAAGAACUUUGGCAUGCUGCGGCACAAGGCUCGCUCCAAGGUGAAGAAGAGCUUCAAGGACAAGCAGCAGGCUCUGCGGAAACACUUGCUGCACCAAAAGAAGAUGAAAUAGAUCAAUACGAUUUCAACUACACAGCAAUGUGUAGUUUUUUAUAAUAGUUAAGAUACAUUUUAUACAAUUUGUAAUUAAACUUGUAGAGUUUAAAA